CUUAAAAAAUGGUCCGAUGUGUACUAAAUUUUAUUAUUUCAAUCAUCAGAGUAUGAUAAAUAAACAAUAAUUACAAUACAAACGGUGGCCGUAUCAAUAAAAUCAAUCUUUUUCAGACAACCUGGCAUAAAUAGUGGAUAAGUACAGAGAGAAAGUUGGUGGUGCAAGGCAAAGACAAUAAAUACAAAAAAGUAAUGAAAUAAGACUAAAUUACACAAACUUAUGUAUGUAAUAUAAAUAAUAGUACAUAAACAGAUAUAUCAAAUAGAUCAAGGUAAACAAUACAUAGUAAAUAUCAAGCCAAAUUAGAGACAUAGGUAAAGAGAUUUUACUUGACUCUUAAACAAGGCAAAAGUUUGUAUAUAUCCAAUGGAAAAAAGUGUUUCAGAGACAGAUAGCUUGGAUAGUGCAAGAAUAGGAAUAGAGUUUGUAUAGAAUGAGUAGAAAUUAAUAAACAAAGGGAACUCACACUGCAAUGUAUAAAAGGCGGAUUUAAUACUACAUAGCAUUCUCUUCCAGUCAACCUUUGGCAAAACAGAAAUUUAAUUAUGCGAUGAAAAAAUUGAAAUUUGUUGCAAAUAAAUAUUUACACAUGCUAGGUCUAAUUAUAACGAUCUAUCUGACAACAGCUUCUACUGACGAAGAAGUAACGAGUGUAGCGAACAAAGUAGACGUAACUACAGUUCCUUCCCAAAUCAUAGAGCGAUCAUCCCAUCAUCACAAAGUGGGACCAAGUUUUCAUGGUUUCUGGAAGAAAAAAUUAGUUUGGCGGCCGCGUUGGGUAAAGACGUGGCAGGAAAAAAAGAUUUUUGUAGCAGUGUGGAAGAAGAUGUGGAGCCCAGCAGUGCUGAAUGAAUGGGUUCCCAUACCUAAGCCACCACCAGGUUGGAUUAAAUAUGAUGUAGGCGGUUACGCAGUUAAAAAUGUACCUUAUUGAUUCUACAGAAAUGAAUCUACUGAAUCAGCAAUAAUAUAGGUAUGUGGCAACAACGAAACUUUCUAUUACCUAAAAUUGAUGAUGUCAAUAACGCCUUCAUGACUAUCUAAAUAUGGUUUACUAUUUUUUGCAAACCAUUACUGUCGUCAUACUUACGUCAUAAUAAUCUACUUUAGAAUUUUAUUUAUUUAAACUAUAGUACCUGUAGGUAUUAAAAGUAUUCGCUCUAACAUAUAGAUGAUCUUUCUUGUAAUAAUUAAUGUGUUUUCGGGAACACGUAAUAAAAUAUUCAUAUGCCUAGUCAUAUGAAUUUCGAGACUCUUGUAAACCAGUUCGGAAAUUAGUUUUAAUUAAAAAGAAUAUCAAGAAAAGAAAUUCGACGUUUGCUCUUUCGAAGCAAAAGUGAAAUUCCCAUUUUUCGAUUUUGUGAGUAAAUACUAAUAUACAAUUCAAGAAUAGAUAUACAAAAUUAGACGAACACAGAUCAGUCAUAGUUGAGUAAAGAAUACAAAUAUAGCUCCCGUAUUAAAAAAUAUCUUAUUGUAAAAUUUAAUGCCAUUUGAGGCUCUGGGCACUUUAAACAAUUUAAUUUUAAAUCGAUUUUGAGGCAUCUUUUUAUCGAACAUAGUCCACUCCCGUGUUGACUCUAUAUUAAUUAUGUCAAGAUUGAACGUCCGUAAGACUUUUUUUUAAAUGUAUGCAGAUAUACCAAAUAUAAUUCUAUGGUUGUGAAUUUCUAAGAUUUUACCUGUUUCUUAGCUUUAAUUUUAGAAUUAGUAUUGUGAUUCAACUGGGAUAGGCAAUGACUGUAAAAGCUUGCUUUUUUAUCCCUUCAAGGUCUCCGAAAUACCGUUAUACCUCUUAUAUUUUUAUUGAAAAUUACAAGCAUAUUCUAAUUUAGAUUGUUUCAUAUCAGCAGAAGGAGGAUAUUAAAAAAUAAAAUUACAUCUCCAAUUGUAUUUUAAAAAAUCCUUUCAACAACAUAUAAGGUCACAUAUUUAAAAGUAACCAAAGUAAAAUAUGUUUUCAUUUGAACACAAAAUUAUUUAAAAUAAAGUAGGUAAAAUGUAAGUAGAUAGGUAUUAAAUCUUUUUGUACCAUUUUUAAAUUUGUAAUUACAAACAAACUGUAUGAAAAUUAUCUGUAAAAUAAUCAAAUUACUAACAUACACAAAAUCCUAUCUACAUCAAAAGUGAUCGAUAUGUAGUUGGUAUCUUGAAUAAUUUAAGAUUAACGCGCACACAAUAACAAACUAUAAUGGGUUAGAAAUGUGGAACAAAGCUGGUUUUCAUCAAUACUUUAAGCAUUACAAGUGUGAUGUAAAGCGGUUACAGGAGUUUAUACGUCUACGUAUACAAGUAUCUACCUAAACAAAUUUAGCUAUGAAGCAAAUUAUCGUAGAUAUAAUUUGACAAGAAUAUGCAAAGCGAAUUUAUAAUAAACUCGAACUUACCUAUAGGAAAACAAUAAUGUGCAGCAUAAUAAUUCAAGCGAAUAUAUAACUAUUUAGAUUAAGUAUUUGUUGCUUAAAAUGUUAUUGUUAUUUAUUAUAUUGUUAAGUUGUUAAUUUAUUUACUGAAUAUUUAAC